CGCUGUAAUAUUUCCCAACGUUUUAUCUUAAAAGGUUCGUUCAUGAUUAAAUAAAAUAAAUGUGCGCAUGUGUUUUGUUUAUUUUUAAGUGGCAAUUUUGUCCUGUUUCAAUCUGUGCAGACAGUCACUACGUAUCAUGGCCUCAGUCCGGGCAGAGGUCACGGAGAACCAGGAGGGGUCAACUAAAAUUUCCAGGGCGAUUAUUCCACAGGUCGUGAUCUCAUGCACGUGUUUUGUCGCUGGGACAUCUUACGGCAUGUCCGCGGGACACUCAGCUGUUCUGUUACCCCACCUGCAGUCAGAAAACAGCAGCCUUGUCAUUGACGAAAACACUGGCUCCUGGAUAGCGAGUGUGUACGCCAUUGCUAGCCCCGUGGGAUGCCUCCUCGGGGGCCUAGCUAUGGAUCUGUGGGGCCGACGGAAUGUUAAUAUGUUUGGAAACAUCGGUAUGGUUAUCGGAUGGCUUCUGAUUACGUUUGCAGACAGCGUAGCCAUGCUUAUAUCUGGAAGAAUCAUUGAAGGAUUCUCAAGAAGUAUCCUUGCCACUUGCAUCACGGUGUUUGUCGACGAACUUGCAGAUCCCAAAUUCAGGGGCUUCAUAGUAUGCAGUAUGUUCACGUGCGUAUCAGUAGGUAUCAUGGCGAUCUCGUGUCUCGGAGCUUUUGUCAACUGGAGAACAGCAUCGGCCCUGGCUGCUCUGCCGUCCAUCAUAAAUCUGGUCUCACUAUACUUCGUGUCUGAGUCACCCACGUGGUUCGUAAGGAAGAACAGGGUCCAGGAAGCAGAGAGUGCUCUGAAGUGGCUCUGGGGUCCCGGAAAUGAAGUGCAGGCAAAAAAAGAACUCCAUGAUCUGAUAUCGAGACUGCGUCCCAGGGAACAACACAGCCGACGGAUUGCAAAGACUGUCAGAAAUUUCUUCAAACCUUCAAUUCUGAAACCCUUCUUUAUAAUACAUUUGUUCAACGUCCUCCAAACUUUCUGCGGUCUCGGCAUACUCACGUAUUACACGGUCGACAUUUUAUCAAAGACUAGGAAAGCUGGAACAGAGAUCUUGGAUGAUUAUUCGACGACUGUUUUACUUUCAGCAGUUCGAGUACUUUCUGUACUCAUUUCCUCGUUUCUUAUGCUCAAGGCAGGUCGAAGAACGAUAUCGAUUAUUUCAGGCGUUCUCUCGUCAGCGUCUGCCCUUUGCCUAGGUAUAAUUCUCUCCCUCAACAACAUGGAAUAUGGUUCUCCGAUGUCUCCGAAACUGGAGGCCAAUAUUACGUUUUUAUCAGCUCUCAUUUACGCCGGAAGCAUGUCAUUUGGAUUUUUCGCGCUUCCUUCUAUCAUGAUAGGAGAAACUCAGCCUUCCCACGUUCGAGGUUUCGCCUGUGGUUAUAUAUACACAAUGAACGACCUCCUUCUAGGAAGUGUCGUUAAAAUGUACCCUUGGAUGUCCAACAAUCUACAGAUACAUGGCAUCUUCUUGUUUUUUGGAAUUUCUUGUGUGGUCUGUACAAUAUUUGUUUAUCUUUUCUUACCGGAAACUCAGGGACUUACCCUACAGCAGAUUGAGGACUACUUCCGGCAGCCAAACGUCAUGUGGGUAACUAGGGACAAAUAUGAAAACGACGAAAAAGGCCAGAAAAUCGAUAUGCAUGUUAAUCGAAUCAGACAUCGCAAUACCAAAACGCUAGUAAUAUAGAUCUUAAAACUAAAUAAAUGUGUCAAUAUCAAAAA